AUGUCCGAGCAUCACCUCUCACGAGAAGUGGUAAACAAUUUCCAGGAAGCUUUUAACCUGUUCGACAAAGAUGGUGACGGAACAAUAACGGCCGAAGAGCUGGCGACUGUGAUGAGGAACUUGGGACAGAACCCGACAGAGUCCGAGGUGCAGGAUAUGAUGAAUGAAGUAGAUGCGGAUGGGAAUGGAACGAUUGAUUUUACGGAGUUCUUGUCCGUAAUGGCGCGUAAGGUGAAGGACAGCGACCAUAAGGAAGAGUUAAUGGCGGCCUUUAAGGUAUUUGACCGGGAUGGAGAUGGGGUUAUCAGCAGCGACGAAUUAAGGGGCGUAAUGGCCGCUCUAGGGGAGACCCUCACGGUUGAAGAGGUCGAAGAAAUGAUGCGUGAGGCUAGCGAAGGAGAAACCGGCAUCGACAGAAUAGACUAUCAGGGGUUUGUUCGCAUGGUCAUGCGCAAAACCUGA